UAGUAUCAGUCUAUCUUUACUGAACAUUUAAUAAACAAUAAACAUGGCAGUUAAGUUUGUUAUUUUGGCCGCCUUGGUAGCAGUAGCUAGGGGUGGAGUGAUAGCCGGUCCAGCAGCCGUGGUAGCAGCCCCCCAAGUACUCGCCAAAGUGUCCGAUGCAACAUUUGAUCCAAAUCCACAGUACUCUUUUGCUUAUGACGUUCAAGACGGUUUAACUGGAGACAGCAAGAGUCAAAUUGAAAGUAGAAAUGGAGACAUCGUUCAGGGACAAUACAGUCUGGUUGAUCCUGAUGGCACUAGAAGAAUUGUCGAUUACACCGCUGACCCAGUGAACGGAUUCAACGCCGUAGUAAGAAAAGCUCCUUUAGCUGUUGCUGCCCCAGUCGUAGCCAAAGCCGUUGCCGCCCCAGUUGUUGCUCCUGCUCCGAUUGUAGCCGCCAGGGCAGUAGCAGCUCCGGCUCCCGUUUUAGCUGCAAGGGCAGUAGCUGCUCCUUUAGUAGCUCAGCCAGCGAUUGCUAGGGCAGCUCCUAUCUUAGCAGCUCCAGCGCCUGUUGCUUAUCAAGCUUUUCCAGCUGCUCCAGUAGCAAGGCUAGCUGCUCCAUUUAAUUACGCCUAUGUUUAAUAAGAAUAUUGUUCGCUAAUGAUGACUGUUUUGUAAAUAUUGUUUUUAGUUUCGUUAUUCCGUUUGUAAUAUGUUAUUUUUAUUAAUAAAAACACUGGUUCAAUUAUA